AUGACCACCCUGCUCUUCCUUCCUCAUGCUGGCCCUGGAGCUUCACGCAAAGCCUCGAGCCUCCUCCUCUUGCUGCUGCUCCUUCUGCUUUCCGCCUGGGAUGCAGCCAUGGCUAACAGGCACCCCGACAGCAAGGGGUUCGCCUUGAGCAACGACGUGGCCUGUGGCCAGCGUCACAUGCAGGGAAAGGUCAUAGGAGGCAUGGACGCCCUUGAUAAGAAGUGGCCGUGGCAGGUCAGCGUGCAUUAUGGGGGCUUCCACAUCUGUGGUGGGUCCAUCAUCAACGAGUACUGGGUCCUGUCAGCAGCCCACUGCUUUGGCAGGGAUAAGAACACUGAGGCAUUUGAUAUGUACGUGGGCCUUGUGGACCUCAAGGUUGCGGGCAAUCAUACCCAGUGGUUUGAGGUGAAUAAGGUUAUCAUGCAUCAUACGUAUGAAGUAUACCACCCAAUUGGAGGUGACAUCGCUCUUGUGCAGCUGAAAACUCGCAUUGUAUUUUCUGACUCUGUACUCCCCAUCUGCAUUGCAACCCCAGAUGUGAACCUUCAGAACCUUACCUGCUGGACUACAGGAUGGGGACUCAUUUCCCAAAAAGGUGACUCCUCAGACCACCUGCAGGAAGUACAGAUGCCUCUGAUCCCAUUGGCCUUGUGCCAGCUGCUCUAUGGACACACAUCAUACAUUUUGCCAGACAUGAUGUGUGCCGGGGACCUCAGGAACGUGAAGACCGUGUGUGAGGGUGAUUCUGGGGGCCCACUCGUCUGUGAAUUCAACCACAUCUGGGUGCAAAUUGGAAUAGUGAGCUGGGGCCGUGGUUGCAUGUUCCCUAUGUAUCCUGCCGUUUAUGCUCGUGUCUCCCAUUUCUCAACAUGGAUCCAUCAUCAGAUAGCACACACACCACCACCUCCUCAACCGCUCCCCACCCUCUCCUCCACUCUGGGGGCCUCCUUCAGUGUCCUUAUGACCAUGAUGGCCUUCCUGACAAUGUUGUGA